GGAGCACGGACAGCCGGUCGGGCGGGGCUGGCGGGGCGGGCGCGGCGGCGGCGGCGGGGAGACGGGCGCGGGCGGAGGACACGGGCUGAACGGGCGCGCACCGACCAUGGCCUCCAAGUGCCCCAAGUGCGACAAGACCGUGUACUUCGCUGAGAAGGUGAGCUCCCUGGGCAAAGACUGGCACAGAUUCUGCCUCAGGUGCGAGCACUGCAGCAAGACGCUGACGCCAGGGGGCCACGCCGAGCAUGACGGAAAGCCCUUCUGCCACAAGCCCUGCUAUGCCACGCUGUUCGGACCCAAAGGGGUGAAUAUCGGAGGUGCCGGCUCCUACAUCUACGAGAAGCCCUCUGCCGAGAAACCUCAGGUCACUGGCCCCAUCGAGGUCCCCGUGGCCCGAGCUGAGGAGCGGAAGGCCAGCGGCCCCCCUAAGGGGCCCAGCAAAGCCUCCAGCGUCACCACGUUCACCGGGGAACCCAACAUGUGUCCUCGCUGCAACAAGAGGGUCUACUUCGCUGAGAAGGUGACGUCUCUGGGCAAGGACUGGCACCGGCCGUGCCUGCGCUGCGAGCGCUGCGGGAAGACGCUGACCCCAGGCGGGCACGCGGAGCACGACGGCCAGCCCUACUGCCACAAGCCCUGCUACGGAAUACUUUUCGGACCCAAGGGGGUGAACACCGGAGCUGUUGGCAGCUACAUCUAUGACAAGGACCCCGAGGGCAAAGUUCAGCCCUAGGCCCCCAGGCCCUUCUGCGGGGCAUGGGUCCGUCUGCGCAGGCCCCUGGCCAGGGGCCCACUGCUUGGCUACGAGGGGAGAGUGACCGCUGCCCAGUCCCACCUCAGCACCUGCGGGUCCAGGGCCUGCGUGUUGGGGAGGAAGCCCCUGAGCUGACUCCAGAGCCCUGCCCACCAACCCUGUCUCUCUGGGUGUGUCUGCCUUUGUGUCUCCAGCCACCCGUCACCCCGUUUUGUGUCCUCCUGGCCCCCCGUGUCCCCAUGUCUGUGUCUCGUGGCCCACACGUCCCUGAGUGUCCCUGUGGCCUGGGUGGGUCUUUCUGAGGUGGCCGCCCCACGCUCCCCCUCCUGCUGCCCCAGUCCUGCCCACAGUGUUAUCUAUGCUCCCCCUGCCCGUGACAGCCACAGCCACACCCCUCACAGUGUCCCAAGGGUGGAGGGACAUCCCUGCCAGGGGCCCUCUGCCCGCCUCCCACCCUGCCUCACAAGCGCCCGCCCGCCACCCUCACGUGGCUCACAUUCGACUGCCGGGGGUUUUGCUGUCAAUGAAAGGUUUGAGGAUCGCACGA